AUGAUUGACCCUAUCGGAGCAGUAGCAGCCGCUACAGCCUCAAUUGAUCAAUCCCUCAGACUUAUCCGACGAGUCUCUACGGCCAUCGAGAUCCAUAAGAAUGGCAGGAAAGACCUAGAGUUUAUUUUCGAGGACCUCUCCAGUAUUGCCCAAGUUAUAGAACUUGUCCAAACCAUCGAAGAAAUCAGAACCAAAGGAGUUCUAAAAGCCUUAGCAAAUAUGCUAAAACAUGCUGAAAAGCUAGAUGAUCAUGUCCAACAGGUCAAAAAGAAGUCCAACACCGGCUCUUCAUUUCGUCGCGCCGCUCACCACUUCAUGACUGGCCCUGAAGAUUUGGAGCAUACCAAUAGAGUGGUCAAAGAGCUAGCAUCUCUCAAGACCACGCUGAUCCUUCAUAUUCAAGUUGCUCAUGUUGGCCUUGUUGUUCAAAAUGAUCAGGACAAGCGGGCAAACCCGGGUUGCACUCACAUGUUGGACAGUUCGGUUCUUCAUGAGGUCAAUCAAGUUGUUGAGCAAAGACUCGGCAAGGGACAGGGGCUAAAGAUAGCUGAAGUCCUUCGAGGCAAGAGCGCAGACGAUGAUGGAAUGAUUCGCCUUUCGCAAGAGGAGUAUGAAUGCCUCGUAUUUCAUAGCUUGGACGAUAGUCAAUCCAACCAAGAACUCGGUACAAUUCGCGUUGCCAAUAACCAAACCUUUGAUCAAGCAUUGCAAAUCAACGGAUUUAUAAGCGACGACUGGAUGGAGUUUGCUCAGAACCUGACUAUCGAGGAUAAUGAAGCUCGCAACCAGUCUAUCCAGAAACAAAACUCUCGAGAUGAUGCCGAGUUCGGCUUGGGCACCAGCCCCACUGAUGCCAAAGCAGAACUUUCCAGAAAGCCCCAGUCCAACGUAGCAAUGCUGUACUGA